AUGGUCGGAUCCCGGGCCAGGCCCACACAGAUGCUCUCUACGCAGCACCCGAGGCGGAGGGCGGCCCCCGCGCCGGUCCCCGCGAGCCUGGCGCACGUGCUCGUCCUCUGGCGGCACCGUGGGCUCGUCAAGUGCGCGUACGCGCUCGUCUCCCUAGCCAUGCUUCUCUAUUUCUUAUACAUUGAGCCCCGGGCUCUGGCGGUGUACCAGCACGCCGAGGCGCUCUUCCGCAUCCGCGCCGUGGACCUGCUCGACGGCGCCGUGGGCGGCCAGCAGAAGGCCGAGGCCGACGUGCGGUUCCUCGCGGCCACGGCGGGCGUAUUUCCCGUACCGCACUGCCCCGCUCUCCUGCAUAGUCCUCCCGGGCCGCUGGCGUUCUGGGGGGUGUCGCCCGCGCCGAGCGCGUUCCAGAGCGCGUUCGCGAACAGCGAGCAUAACCUCGAGACGGCCAACGCGAAGCCCUGGGAGGCGCCUCCCCCGGGCCUGGACGUCCGGUGCAUCUCUGUGCCUUCCGUGUGGUGUCAGCACCUCCUGGACGGCGCUGCGGGCAUCUCGUACGCCCAGGACCCGGACAGCUGGGGCCUGCUGAUCGCCAUGCAGCUCAAGACGGGACACGGAGCGCCGCCGACGGCUCCGCCACGGGCCACCCAGCCCGGCCUCUGCCUGCCCGGCGGCGCAGAGUGGGCAGCGCCCGCCGCAGUGCAAGCUCUGACGCGCCAGACCGACGCCCCGCGCGCCGGAGCCACCACGGCGUUCGCGGCGCACGAGGUCAGCGUCGAGCGCGCGCGCCUCGAGAAUUCCCUCCAGCCGCACCUCAUGCGCCAUGUGCGGCGGUGGGACGCGCUCUGGCGCGAGCUCGCGGCCGGCAAGGUGUUCACGUGGAGCGCGGUCGCCGCCGUCGCGGACGCGGGGGACGCGGGGCGGCUCGUGCUGCUCAACGCGGGACUUGCAGCACUGAUCACAACCUUCAACGUAGUGCGCUGGGCGUUCCUCGGGACGCUGUCGAGCGCCGAGGGCACCGCGAUGCUCGACAGGAUCCUCCAGAACGUCAUCGUCCGGCGCGCCGUCCUCGUCACGGGCCUCACCGACAUGUGGACGCAGCCCACCUUCAUGCGCCUGUGUCAGACACUCCUGUCGGUCGGCGUCCUGUGCACCGUGAGUGUUCUGACGGGCCUCGCACGCGGGCGGUUCUCGACGCUGCUCGCCGCCGACGUCCCGCGCCCCGGCCCGCUCCUCGCGCCGCCCGCGCUCCUCGCCCUCGGCCUCGCGUCGUCCGUCUACUGGGUUGUACACCUCCCGAGAGUCCUCCCCCACCUGCCCCCGCCGGCGCGGUUCCUCGAGCGCAUCGAGUGCGUCCUCCUCAUCGUCGAGCAGCUCCACGCCCUGACGCGGCAGUCCGUCGGACUGAUGCAAGUGUAUCCCGUGCCGCUGGCGCGGUACGUCAGACGCGUACAGGCCUGCGCCGGGGAGGCCUCCGCAGCCGCCGCGCGCUCGCUCGCGCUGGUCUGGGCCGGGAAGUGGCCCGCGGCGAGCUCCCGUGGGCGCGCUGCGCGCGCACAGCGCGGCCGCCGGCCCCCUCGCGCGGUCGCCGACAACGCCGACGACAGCUGGCUGGCGCGGGCGUGGGAGGGCCGCGGGGCCGUGCUGUUCUACCUGGACAUGGUCGCGUGCGCGACGGAGCUGUGCCUCGUCGCGGCGCAGCUCGCGUUCGUCUGCUGGCGGCACCCGCACCCGCUGCUGUUCCUCAUCGUCGUCAUCCACCUCGGGAUGAUCGCGGGCGAGCUGCAGAAGAUGUGGCGCGUCGUGCGGCGCUUCCGCGCCGCGAAAACAAACCUCCAGCACUCGUUCGAGGACGUCCAAUGCGGCCCUGACUCAGGGGACUGCGGAAUCUGCCUCGAGGAGCUGGGGUUAGCAAAACAGCUCCCCUGCGGCCACAUCUUCCAUCUGUCGUGCCUGCGCGGGUGGUUCGAGCAGAGCAGCACGCACGCGUUCAACUGCCCGACGUGCCGCUUGCCGCUGUUCCACGACCCGCAGCGCCCGGUGCACGACAUUCGGCGGGAGAUGCAGGCGGCCGCGCUGCAGCCUCCGGCGCCGGCACACCGCGGCCUGGGCGCUCACGGCGCGCACGGGGCAGAUGGGCGCGGCGGGCGCCGCCCGGGCCCGCUCACGGCGGCCGUGCGGGCCUGCGGGCGGGAGCUGCGUCGCGCGCUGGGGCUGUCGGGGGCUCCCGCGGAGCAGCGGCGAGCUGGACGCGACGGCGAGGGCGCGGAAGGGGAUGCGUGGCCGUGGGUGCACGACGGCGGCCGCGGCGGGGAGGCCCGGCGCGACAGCGAGGGCUCCCGCGGCGCGGCGCAAGGCGCGUCGCCACAGUGGUCUCCGCGGGCGGUCCGGCGCGCGGAGCAUCGCGCGGACCGGGUCGAUCGGUCGCUGGCGCCGAACUGCGCGUGGGUGCCGGGGGGCGGCGCGCCGGAGGCGUCGACGGCGGCGGCGGUGUACGGCGAGGUGGCAUAUCUGAUGCAGAUGCGGGAUAGGGACGAGUGGGAGUUGGGGGACGUGUGCGAGGGGUUGGGGGCGGCGUGGGAGCCGCUGGAGGCCGGGCCGGGGCUGCUGGACGGGUACGAGAGCGAUGCGGGGUCGGUGUGCAGCCCGUUGCGGCAAUGA